CAACUAAAGGAUUCUCCAUCAACUGAUAAUCAACAACACUGCAUAAAACAAGAAAAACUAAAACCAACGAUGGCGAACGGCGACACUACAUGGGUGGGCAAGAAGCCAAUCCGACGCAUCGGAGGAAUGUCCGACGCCCUCUCAAUUGCCGCCGAUCUCGGUUUUUCUGUCGCUCCUCCUCUCUCUCAGGAGGAAAUUUAUAACUUAUCCACCAGUACUGGCGAGAAGGGUGAUGAUUUAAUUAGGGUUCUAAGAGAAUUAACUAGCGUACAAAGAAAAAUAGCUGACCUACAAGUUGAACUUCAAGGUCGCAAGGAUGAUAAAAAUGUGGCGAAUUUGACCCAUGUUAGUGAAAUGGAGAAGAAGAUUGAAACUUUGGCCAGGAUUACUACUAUACUGAAAGAUGUGAUUCAGAAUAAGGAUCGGAUAAUAGCUCGUCUUCAACAACCAUAUUCUUUAGAUUGUAUUCCAGUUGAAGCUGAAUAUCAGAAACAAUUUUCAGAAUUACUGAUGAAGGCCGCCAGCGAUUAUGGUGCCUUGACAGCAUCUGUUUCUGAUUUUCAAUGGAGUCAGAACUUUAAGGAGUCUCCUUCAGUGUGGGGGGAAAUGCUACGUCCUAUUCCUGUUGCUUUAGCAUCUUGCACCCGGUUCUUUGAAGCAAUGUCUGCCAUGAGAGAAUCAUUUGCUACACUCCAACAUUUGAGGGUUGGCCAAUCGGUUUCCUCUUUGCCGACAACACCAGCAAAUGAUCUUUCGCAAAGAUCAGUAAGGAAUUCAAAUUUUGUAACUCCUCCUCCUUGGAGAAAUGAAUCCAGUUUAGAUGACUUGGCUGUCAAAAGCGCAAGGAAACAAGAAAUUGUGCGGCAAGAAGCAGAUGAUGAAAGCAGUGAAGUUGGCGACUUUCAAGCGGAAGAUGGCACCGGCCACAGGAGAUUGUCUUGGCCUCCAUCGGUUAAAAAGAGCGGCAUAUAGUAAGUCCUCAAAAUGACUACUAUUUUUUUUUUCUCGCUGAAAUUUUAUGUACAAUAUUCUCAUUGCAUUAGAUGUAUUAUAUUGUAUUAUACUGCAUUACCUUAAUCAUAUUUUAUCUGUCAAUUCUGGUA